GAGGCACUCGAAAACAUUGAGGAGGCUAGCUUGACCGCGUUUUGGAGUCGCAGGCUGGCUUGACCGCAGUAAAUAGUAGCAUAGUUCUUUUGAGUUGCACUCAAAGCUUCCGAAAAUGAGCUCUUCUGACAUGGGGGUCGUUACCGUGGUCGGCAGUGGGCUGAUAGGCCGCUCCUGGGCUAUGGUCUUUGUGGGUGGAGGCUACAAGGUGAAGAUAUAUGACAACCAACCAGGACAGGCUGCCAAGGCCAUCACGGAGAUCAGGAAGCAGCUGGAGGAGUUGGAGGAAGCCCACAUGCUGAGAGGGGAGCUGACCCCCACACAGCAACUUGCUCUGCUCAGCAGUUCCGAUAACUUGGCUCAGGCACUGGAGGGAGCCUUUUUUGUUCAGGAGUGUGUAUUUGAGCAGCCUGAGGUCAAGCAGAACGUUUUCCAGGACAUAGAGCGCCUUGUGGGAAAAGACGUCAUCCUGAGCAGCUCUACCUCCUGUCUGGUACCAAGCAUUGUCUUCUCUAAAGUACAAAACAAGAGUCGCUGCCUUGUCUCCCAUCCGGUAAACCCACCCUACUAUGUGAAACUGGUGGAGCUGGUACCUCACCCAGAGACAGCAGCGACUGUUAUGGACACCACCCAUGCAUUAAUGACCAAGGUUGGUCAGGCACCCGUCUGUCUGAGGAAAGAGAUUGAUGGCUUUGCUCUCAACAGAGUGCAGGCAGCCAUUAUCGCAGAGUCCUGGAGGCUGGUUCAGGAUGGCAUUAUCUCUGUCAAGGACAUCGACCUGGUGAUGUCAGAGGGGCUAGGAAUGCGUUACGCCUUCAUUGGUCCCAUGGAAACGAUGCACCUCAAUGCCCCUGAAGGUUUGGAAGACUAUAUGAAACGGUAUGGAGAGGGCAUAAGGAGGGUCUUGACCUCCUUUGGACCUGUACCAGACUUCUGUGGUGAGGGAGCCAAGAGCAUUGUUAAUGAGAUGUGUGAGUUGAUUCCCAGCGACCGGCAGCAUCUGUCAGCCAGGAUGCAGAGGAGGGACCAGCUCCUCAUGGGUCUGGCCAAGCUGAAGAAGGAGCACUAACAUCAACAUGCGGGGCCCGAACUCAUAAACAUUUCUGAUUAUGACUGCUGACAGAGAAUAGAGUCUUAUUUUGUUGUUACCUGUAUGAUCAUGACCCUUGCAAGAGGUUUGGUAAUUUGGUAGACAGACAUAUACCUCAAUUUAUAACAAUUUAAAAAAUAAAAUUGAUAAUUUUCACAUUUGUGCUCCCAGAGUGUCUUUUUUGGAUAGCUGUGGCAUGUAACUACCAGCAUUAUGAAAGACCUGUCACUCGACUGUAUCUUUUUGUCU